UCGGGAAACUAAGUCCGUUUCCUCGUGUGCGAUCGCGCUGUGUGUAUUCCACUGUACGAUCCCGAAACGUCUAACGCGAGUGUGCACGGAGGAAAAAGCACGCACGAAAUAAAUCGCUUUUCUUUGGCGCAGUCGUUGGAAGUCGUAAAGCAUGAACUCGAUGGCGAAAUCAAUUUCGCAAAUCCAUCGUGCAAAAAGCACGAAGCUUUGCGCUUUACGCCGCGGACGGCGCGUCGCGUCGCGACGCUCCGACAGAUCUCUUGCGAUACCGUGAAAGCGUUCCGGGGCUCUCGAACGUGUUUAUUUAAUAGCUCGCGAAUAUCUAUGACUCACUGAAUCAUAGAUCAUCACGUUUACUUCGUACGUUAGUCGUAUCCGAGAGUUCGUCGGGACAAGUAACGCGAGUUAUGCGAGUGUCUUUAAUAAUAAGUUCUACGUGUCUUUAUUCCACAACCAUAAAUAUCAUUUGAAAUAGCGGUAAGUGGUAUCGUUCGAUUCGUUGGAAACUCGGUGCGAUCGCUGCUGACGUUUCGCGAUUUCGAAAAAUUAAAACUCUGUUCGAAAGGUCGCCAUUCUCGCGUAGUUGAAAUUAUACCGGGGACUGUGACCAGCCAAGUGAACAGCCUGAGAGAUGAAGACUUUCAGCGCUGCUUCGAGGAGUGAAAGAAACGUCUCCAUCGAGGCAAGAGCCAGGAUAAGCGGCCCGUCGGACAUCUACGUAAAAACGGGAAGCCUACUGACGCUGACGUGUCAAAUGUCCCAAGGACCUCACGAUUUGGGCACGGUAGCUUGGUACCGUGGCAGCCAGCCUGUGGUAACGUCGCCUCGUUCCGAGAACGAUGUCUACGGUGAACCACGAGUUGCCGUCGAAACCGAGUGGAGCGACGCCCUCACGUCAAGGUUGAGGAUCACUCGUGUCAAGCCGAACGACUCUGGAAACUAUAGUUGCGUGCCCACCGUGGCGGAGAGGGCCAGCGUCAACGUGCACGUCAUCAACGGAGAACAUCCAGCUGCGAUGCAGCACGGAAACACGGCAGCAGGCUCGCCAACGUCGAAGACGGUUCUCGUGAUGCUCGCCUUCUUCUUGGGUCAAUUGAGAUAAUGUGUGUUUCCGAUCCGUGGCCGAGUGUGUGUGUGUGUGUG